AUGUUCAAAUCUGUUAAAACAUUUAGAAGUAAGUACUUAUUCCAACGAUUAAUACUUUGUAUCUUUGUCAAACAAAAAUAUGAUGAUUUACUAUCGGAAAAAAAAUUAAUUUUUCGCGAUUUUCUGGUUAUUUGUCUUAAGAAUAGUGUAGAAAAACGUUUUAAUAAACAGCUCAGUGAUCCAUUUUUAUUGUCUGCUACACUUUCUCAUCCAUACUUCAAAACGGCUUGGCUUAAUAAUAGCGAUAAAAAAGAUACAGCUUUAUCAUUUUUUAAGCACUCAUGUUUAGAAAUGUUUGAGCAACAAAAUUUAUUGGAAUGUGAAUCAUCAGACAGUGACGAUACAAAUAAUUUUUUUGAUUGGUCAAAAAAUAAAUCGAAAUUAACUCUACCUUUGGAACAGGAAAUAUCAAAUUUUUUUACCAAAAGUCCAACUAAAAACUUAGAUUCUUUAAUUGAAACUCCAACAAUAAGAAAAGUAUUUGUAAAAUUCAACACACCACUGCCAAGCAGUGCAGCUGUAGAACGUGUCUUUAGUGUUGGUAGUGCCGUAUUGACUAAAAAAAGAGGAAGAAUGACAGAUGAAAACUUCGAAAAAACAUUAAUGCUAAAAUGUAACAAACAUUUAAUUUGA